GUCUCCGCUCUCCUGUCUGCCCUGUCACUGGCAGCAAAUUUCGGAGAAGGAGCCGAGCAGCGGGUGUUCGGGCUCCGCAAUGGCCCCCAGCCUAUGUGCCAGCCGCUCUCACCCCCACCGUACGCCUGUAUUGCCGGAGAGCCGGCUCUUGUCCUCUCAGCCGGUCUGCUGAGACCUUCCCCACCCCGGUACUGGCAUGAGCUAGUGCCCAGCGCUGUGCCCAGAUGCCCGGGUACGGAUUAGCCAUGGGGGCUGCUGCCUAUGAGGGGAGCCGCAGAGCUGCGCAGGCCCCCGGGAUGUAUGUGGCCGCCAGCUGCAUACUGACUAUUGGAGUUGUUCUUGCCGGUACCACGGAUGCCGUAUCUGUGCUGAUAUCUGAGAAGACAACCAUAGUCCUCCCUUCGGGGAAAUACCAACACUCCGAUCCCACAUCCAAGAUCAAUCUCAUCUGUGACAAAUGCCCGGCAGGUACCCAUGUAUCUAAGCACUGCACCGAGUCGGCCCUGCGGGAGUGCAGCCCCUGUCCCAACGGCACCUUCACCAAACACGAGAAUGGAAACGACCGGUGCCACCCCUGCCGAGCCCCUUGCCAGCCCCCGCUUGUAGAGAAAAUGCCUUGCACUGCCUUGUCUGACCGCGAGUGCUCUUGCCCACCUGGUACUUUCCUUCUCAACGAUACCUGCGCCCCUUACUCAUCGUGCCCAGUAGGAUGGGGCGUCCGGAAGAAAGGUAGCGAGGCGGAGAAUGUCAAGUGCAAGGUGUGUCCCCGCGGUACAUUUUCCGAUGUGCCUUCUAGUGUUCUGAAAUGCAAAGCCCAUACGGACUGUGCGGAACUCGGCCUGGCGCUCAUAAAGCCCGGUACUACCGAACAGGACAAUGUGUGCGGCGCGCUCUCCUCAGCUUCUACCGACGUGUAUUCCACCGGGACUAACUAUGAACCGACAGAUGUUUACAAUGAAACUGCAAAGAACGAAAGCAUUUACUUGAAUACGACCGACGCCGGGAACACCGAAUACCAGCAGAACCCCCCCAAACAGCCGGCGCCCGUCAAUAUCCAGCAGUCUGGUGGGGGCAAGGGAGAUGGACUUAAGCCCACCGGACCGAGGACCAUCAAGAGGACGCCCCCUCGGCAGAACGCUAACGAUUUCGACAUUAACGAGCACCUCCCAUGGAUGAUUGUUCUGUUCCUCCUACUGGUGCUGGUCAUUAUCGUGGUGUGCAGCGUCCGCAAGAGCUCCCACACCCUCAAAAAGGGACCAAAGCAGGACCCCAGCUCCAUCGUGGAGAAAGCUGGAUUCAAAAAGUCCAACACUCUGGCUCAGAACAGGGAAAAAUGGGUCUACUACUGCAAUGGGCACGGUAUUGACAUCCUGAAGCUGGUGGCGGCACAGAUCGGAAGCCAGUGGCAGGACAUCUACCAGUUCCUGUGCAAUGCAAACGAGCACGAGGUGGCCGCCUUCUCCAAUGGCUACACGGCGGAUCACGAGCGAGCCUACGCAGCCUUGCAGCACUGGACCAUACGAGGCCCAGAGGCCAGUCUCGCCAAGCUCAUCAGCGCUCUGCGUCAGCACAGGCGCAACGACGUGGUGGAGAAGAUCCGUGGGCUUAUGGAGGACAGAGUGCAGAUGGAGACAGACAAGCUGACCCUGCCUGUGGAUGCCAACCAGCCAAUGCCAAACGGCAGCGCCAAGACCCCCGACUCUAGCGCCAUAACUGUGGAACCCUCCCCCCUUGACAAGAACAAAGGAUUCUUUGCAGAUGAGUCCGAGCCUCUCCUCCGAUGCGACUCCACUUCCAGCGGCUCCUCUGCACUCAGCAGAACUGGAUCAUUUAUAACCAAAGAAAAGAAAGACACGGUGCUGCGCCAGGUUCGACUGGACCCAUGUGACCUGCAGCCAAUCUUCGAUGACAUGCUUCACAUCCUGAGCCCAGAAGAAUUUCACGUUCUAGAGAAGAUUCCGCAGGCCGAGGACCGGCUGGACCGCCUGUUUGAGAUUGCUGGGGUGAAGAGCCAGGAGGCCAGCCAGAAGCUGUUGGACUCAGUGUACAGCCACCUCCCCGACCUGCUGUAACGCCGGGACUUGUUGCCUUGGCACCGCCGCGCAGUCGGGUCACACGAGCGCUCAAGGCCAGUCAUUAUCUCUCUCCUUGGUUUCCUUUUCCCAUUUUGGAAAAUGGUUUUCGGAAGGAGAAAUCAACUUUCACUUUCAAGCCAGCUUUGAAUGGAACUAUUUAUUAGUACGUGGGGGUUGCCGCGGCGUCGGAGACAUGGAAUGGCUACGUGUGGCUGCACCGUGACUGCCCGACGCAUGGGAUAUGGGGAACCUUAGGCUGCACACUUACCCCAAUUUACUGUGUAACUACCCAUAAUACAGAUAUUUCCUUAUCUAGGGCUGCCAUUGCAAGCGUUUGGGAUGGGGAUACAGGGCGGCCAUAUUGAUAGUGAAAUGGUUGGCCAGUUUGGUCAGUUUCAGCCAACUCUACAUGUGUGUCCCCUUGGGGGGGCAGUGAAACACAUGCAACUGUCGGCUAAUCAGUUAUACCAAAAUAUGCCAGUCAAUACGCCAUUUUAGUUCUGUGGCUCGGCCCUGUAUGAUGUAGCUUGCCUUGGGGUGGGGGGCGCUACUAGUGACCUCUGUUGUACAAGAGCAGAUCUUAGCCAUCCAUGAAGACUCAAGGCCUAUCCUAGAAGAGCAAGGUGGGAUACUGAGGGCCCUGCACUGCGCUCAUACACUUAUUGCCCAUGGAGAAUACGCCCCUGUAAAUGUUCCACUUUAGAUUUUAUUCACUAUUUACACCUGUCAUGUAGUGGCGACAUCUGUUCUUGAACAACAACAACCCACCCACCUCCCUGGGAUCUGUAACCCAGUGCUGGGGCCGGGGGGGUUCUGACCCGAUACCAAGAGCAAUCGGUAUUCUCCCAUGUUUCUAUAAAGCGCUAUUUCUUUCUAAUGGAAAUAACUUAUUUUCAGAGCUGCAUUUUUUUCCUUUUCUACAGCGAAUAGGCCACUCCCGGUACUCUCGAUGCUGAUGGUACUUACGGUACUCUCUGUACUCACGGUACUCUUGGUACUCUCUGUACUAACAGUACUCACAGUACUCCCGGUACUCUCGGAAUUGAUGGUACUCCCGGUACUGACGGUACUCUCGGUAUUGAUGGUACUCUCGGUACUGACGGUACUCACAGUACUCUCUGUACUGACGGUACUCCCGGUACUCUCGGAAUUGAUGGUACUCCCGGUACUCUAGGUACUGACAGUACUCCCGGUAUUUAUGGUACUCACUGUACUCUCCGUACUGACGGUACUCCCGGUACUCUCAGUAUUGAUGAUACUCACGAUACUGACGGUACUCACUGUACUCUAGGUACUGACAGUACUCCCGGUAUUGAUGGUACUCACGGUACUCUCCGUACUGACGGUACUCCUGGUACUCUCAGUAUUGAUGAUACUCACGAUACUGACGGUACUCCCGGUACUCUCGGAAUUGAUGGUACUCCCGGUACUCUAGGUACUGACAGUACUCCCGGUAUUGAUGGUACUCACAGUACUCUCCGUACUGACGGUACUCCUGGUACUCUCAGUAUUGAUGAUACUCACGAUACUGACGGUACUCCUGGGAACCCUCCCAUUACACGUUACUUCUGAUCAAGGGGCAACUGUUACACUUAAUAAUAAAAUCCAUUUUUUUUUUUGUUUUGAGAAAUGAUCUAUUUUGGUGCUUUAUUUCAUGCUCCAUAAGAGAAGUUUGGCCAGAGAGACGUUGCCUUUACAUAUACUAAUUUAUGAGUAAAUAGUAGGUGUUUGUUACUGGACUUGCUUCUGUAUGUUUCCCAUCACGGGAUGAACACGUUAAUGUAUGUAUCUAAUCGCAAGAGCAAACAAUCAGACAUUGUUACGCACUGCAAGUCAGUCAGUUUUUUCCCUGUUUUGUAAGAAAAGAAUAAAAAAUAAACUAUUUAUAUAUCAAG